CCGUCACCCUUAAAAGUCAGACGUGUAUUUUUUACGACAUGAAUACGGCAAUGCAAUCUUCCGGUCAAUUUCGGUUCUUGGGCACACUUUGAUCUUUGCGUGUUAUAUUUGUUGAUCUUAAACCUGCUAAUGAAUUUGACCGAAAAUGUCGUCCAACUUAACGUUAGACUUGGAUAACAAUCAACGUUGUUCCAUGAUGAUGACAGAAACUGACUUCUCCAUCGACCAGGGAGGCGAGUGGGACAUCAGCCUUUUUGAUGAACUUGACUCCCUGGGAGUUGCAGACGAUUUGUUCAAGGUCCUUGGAAAUGCAGAUUAUAUAUGCGGAGGUCCAGACCUUAACUUUGAUAUUCCCAUACCUGCAUGGACAGAGAGUGACUACUCAAGCACCGCCUGCACAGACAGUGAGGUGAGCGUGCACUCUCUGUCACCUGCUCACACCUUGAGCUCCGCCUCCUCCCCCACAGCUGCCGAGGCGCCGUCCCCAUACUCCUUACACGAUGAGGCCUGGUCUCCGCAGUCGCAGCCUUCCCCAGUGUCGGUGUGCUCCGAGUCCAGUGGGUUUUCUGAACUCUCUCCGCCGGCGAAGAAAGCUCCAAAGAGGACCAGCCAGACAGCACGAGCCAAACCCGCACCGUCAAGCAACAGGCCCAUUCAGAUGAGCACAAAAGUUUCCAUCCAGCCCAAACCGGUGAUUGCAGCUGUGCCCUUGGCCCACGCGGCCGCCCCCCUGCAACCCAAGACGAUCAUCCUCCAGCCCCUGCAGACCACCAUGCUGCCUGUGGUCAAAGCAGCGCCUAUCAGCAUCCAGCCAGCGCCCUCUCCAGGCCAGCCUAUCAUGCUGUCACAAUCAAGCCAAUUACUACACAUCAAUACCUCCCAAGGUGUCACUGGCGGCGUGGUCGCCAUGCCAACCCUGAGCCAGGACAUGACUGUCGUCGCGCCACCAGUGGCCUCGCUUCGAAGCCCUUCCUCGGACGACGAUUCAAAAUUCUCCCAGAGGCAGCAACGCAUGAUAAAGAACCGCGAGUCGGCCUCCCUGUCGCGGAAGAAGAAGAAAGAAUAUCUGCUGACGCUGGAAGAGCGGCUAAAAAUGGCACUGUCUGAGAACGCGGCGCUCAAAAGCGAGAACGGAAACCUCAAGAGGCAACUGGAAGGCCUGCGCAAUGAGAAUUCCCUGCUCAAGGCAACGGCUCCCAAGAGACGAGCGGUAUGCCUCAUGGCGGUCCUGCUCUUCCUCGCGCUUAACGUCGGACCAAUAAGUCAACUUCAGGGCAACUCGGGCUCCGGGCUGGAGCUUGUGCCGGCGCAGCACAGCAGACACCUGUUAGGUUUCUCCGACGGCGAGGGCCCCGAGCCCGUUGAGAAGGCCGCCGCCGAGACGACCGACAGUGCUGAAGGCAAGGCGCUGAUGGUGGUGAAGGAGCUGAACUUCCUCAGGUCGCGGCCGCCGCCCUCCUGCCUGCCGCCGGUUAAUAGGACCAAGUGUUUGGAGCUGGCCCACGAGUUGAGGGGCUGGGUCAACCGUCAUGACUUGCAGCUGACCAAAUCCAGGCGCAUGAGUAACAGUCACCUCAGACCCUCCAGGAGCAUUCUGAAAAGUGAACAUAAGGAUGCCGAGAACUCCCAAAUUGUGACUGUUCCAUACGCUGAAGCUGCCAAAGAAAAGACCCCUGGCAGUGAGCUCCAGGUGUACUACAGACCCUCGCACACGUACGGUGACUUCUUCGCCGAGAUUAACCGGCGAGGCGACACCUUCUACGUCGUGUCUUUCCGCAGGGAUCAUCUUCUACUUCCUGCCACCAGCCACAACAAAGGAAGUCGCCCGAAGAUGUCUGUGGUGUUGCCUGCUAUGAAUGUCAACGAUAGCGUCAUCGGAGACAAGGAAUUCGAGGUGAUGAUGCAGAUCGAUUGCGAAGUGACCGAUACCAGGAUCCUCCACAUCCGAUCAGCCACCAUCCCGCCAAUGCUGCGGGUAAACCGCACGCAAACCUUCUACCAGCAGGAGGCUCAGCCCGCCCCUCCCAUGGAUUUAAUGAUACCAGGAGGAGAAAAAUGGAUUGGACAAAAAUAUCUUCACGCAGCCCACAAAAAAAACAAAAAACAAAGGGUCUCGUCUUUCGACGUGUGACCGGCUUUACGCUACAAAACACGGGGUUGACCGCAGCCGGAGGAGCGACGCAGGCGCACUUACACUCCGGACCGGACGUGAUGGUCUCCACAGUGUAGGAGUCCUGCGCGGUUGCGCUGCCCUCCUCUAUCCGCCGGCAGGCGCUCCUGCUCAGGGGUCUGACAACACAUUGACACCGACAGUCAGAACCUUCCGAGAGGGCUUUCACUUUGUCAUAAUCACCCAGCAGCUACAAAGAGAAAAGGACGCAGGACUUGAUAUUGUUCCAGUUUGAAUCCAAGUGGUGCGUAAAGGCAAAACUCCAUCCGGGCCAAACUGUAUGAUGCAUUUUUGCAGCCUGGAGUCUGCAGCAGCCAGGCUGUUUGGCGGCACGGUCACUCCGUGCACAAGAAGCACACAGUGCACCAAGAUCACCACGCAACACUUCAACAUGCUGGGACACCGAUGAGAGAGUUUAAAUAAAAAAGUUACAGAUUGUUCAAGUUAGCAGGCAAGAAAUGUCUUUGGCCUCCUCAUGGCGGGUCCAGACUGGAGAUGAAGGCUCUACGAGGCCAUGAUGUCAACGCACUGAUGGAGAGUGGAGGCAGGGUGCGUGUGAAAGCUGAGCGAGUGCCGACAGGAGGCGGGCCCUGAUGAUGGAAGGAGUGAGGAGGAGUUCAACUCGCAAUCCAUCAGCUCUACAUGUGAAAGUAAGUCUCGGGAAAUAAAGGUUUUUAAGAUAGGGUAACCAAAAUAUUGGAAAAGCUCCCAUUAGGAUGUAGUGCAUAGCGACAUAACUUCAAACUACUGUAUAAUUACGACCUCAUGGCAAAGUUUAAGUGUACCUAAUGUAGUGGCUGGCAAGUGUCAAAAUGUUAUUUUGGGAAAUUCUUCCCAAAAAAUUGGUUAAUAAAAUAUCAGUUUUAUAUUAUUUAUUUCAGGUCUGUAUUUGAAACACUAAGAUUGUAAAAUUAAUGAUUUUUACAUGCAUUUUUUAAAUAUAUAUUAUUAAAUAAUUGAUAAGGCAAAUUCCAAAUAGAGCAUACACGUUUUAACUGUUUUUCUUUCAUGAUAUCUCAUCAAUGUAUGACCAGAAAUGCAUAAAUUUGCCCAACCCUGGGUUUAACGGUGGAUUUGCUAAAUGCUGCCCUCUAUAGGGCACUAUUAUACACUGCAACGAAAUGAACAAGCCUCAAAUCUUUCGUCUUUAUUCGAUAUAAGGCACAUGAACAGUAUGAAGCAGUACAGUACUCUUUUCCUGGAGUAUGAUAGAAAGUUUGGUUAAGGUUACACUGUCAUGUUGGAAGGUUGGGAAUUGCAAAAAAAAAAAAAAAAAGACACCAUGCUGAAAGCAGUCAAAAGUUAUGAGAGAAUAAAACACAAAUCAUAAAUACCCUUUUUAAAAAUUGUAAAAUAAUACAUUCAUUUUGCAUGGAGCUCCUUGGUUUAGGUUUGCAUUUGUUCUGAGCGGAUAAAAAUAGUGAUAAUUAAAAAAAAAAAAAAACUCAAUGGUAAAAUGUCAAUUUUGGGCUGUAUAAGACUUUUAUUUGUAUCUUGAUGCAUUAGAUAAUAAAUUACAUUUCGCGCUA